UAGAGGAAACAGAGUUGCAGGUAGUAAUAAAAAGAAACAAAAAGGGGUUUGAAUCCGAGAAAGCAGUAGCGUUGUUGGCUUUAGGGUUUCUUCAUCAAUUGAUACUUGGAAGCUAAAAUUACAACAAAAUAAUCUCUCAAUCCAAAGCUAAAUUACCUUUCAUCGCGCGUUGCUUCUCUGGAAGGUGCACAGAUUGUUACCCUGCAAGCUUGUUUACUUAGAUACAUAAGAUGCCAAGGGAAAAGGGAAAUGCGUCAGCAGCUGCUGAGCCAGUUGAACCUGAAAACUCAGUUGAGUCAGAUGAGAAGGUCGAUCUAGACGAAGAUGAUGAUCCUGAGGUGAUGGAUGAAGAGGUUGAGUAUGAAGAAGUAGAGGAAGAAAUAGAAGAGGAGGAACUAGUGGAGGUGGAAGAAGAGGAGGAGGUUGAGGAGGAGGAAGAGGAGGAAAAUGCUAAUAAUGGUGAUGGGUCUAGUGCCCAGAAGAGGAUUAUAGGUGAUGAAAUAAUAAUUGAUGAUGAGAAUGAAAGGAAAAAUCAUGCUGAGCUUCUUGCCCGUCCUCCUCAUGGUUCUGAAGUAUAUAUUGGCGGCAUUCCUCAUGAUGCUUCUGAGGAGGACUUGAGGGGUUUUUGUGAGUCUGUUGGAGAAGUUACAGAGGUUCGACUAAUGAAAGGCAAAGAUUCAAAUGAGAACAAGCGCUUUGCAUUUGUGACCUUUAGAAGUGUUGAUCUAGCUUCUAAAGCCAUUGAUGAGUUAAAUAAUACUGAAUUCAAGGGUAAAAGAAUUAAAUGUUCAACAGCCCAAGCAAAAUACCGGCUGUUCCUUGGUAAUAUUCCUAGAAGCUGGAAAGAGGAAGAUCUGCGGAAGGUUGUGGCUGAAGUUGGGCCUGGAGUCACUGCUGUGCAAUUGGUGAAGGAUAUGAAGACGAGCAAUAAUAAGGGCUUUGCUUUCAUUGACUACUAUAAUACUGCAUGUGCUGAGUAUUCAAGGCAGAAAAUGGUGAACCCAGAUUUUAAGCUAGGUGAUAAUGCCCCUACUGUAAGCUGGGCUGAACCAAAAAAUGCCGAUUCUUCUGCUUCUUCACAGGUGAAAGCGAUAUAUGUGAAAAAUUUACCAAAGAAUGUAACCCAAGAUCAGUUGAAGAAGCUAUUCGAACACCAUGGAAAAAUUACAAAAGUAGUUUUGCCACCUGCAAAGCCUGGACAGGAGAAGAACAGAAUUGGUUUUGUACAUUUUGCAGAGAGGUCUAGUGCUAUGAAAGCAUUGAAGAAUACUGAAAGAUAUGAACUAGAUGGCCAAGUGGUCGAAUGUUCGCUUGCAAAACCUCAGGCAGAUCAGAAGUCUGUUGGAGUGUCAAAUUUACAAAACCCAGGUCUACUUCCAAGUUACCCUCCUGGUGGUGGUUAUGGUCUGAUAGGAGGUGCCUUUGGUGCUCUUGGAGCAGGAUAUGGGGCUGUUGCACAGCCAUUGAUCUAUGGAAGGGGACCAACUCCUGCUGGAAUGGCAAUGAUGCCAAUGCUUCUACCUGAUGGGCGGAUUGGUUAUGUCCUGCAACAGCCUGGUGUACAACCACACACCCCACCUUCACAUCACAGAAAUAAUAGCAGGAAUAGCAGUGGGGUUGCAAGCAGAAGCGGUGGUGGUUCUGGUAGAGGCAGACAAGGCAAUGAUGGCAGCAAUGGGCGUAGAUAUCGCCCAUAUUAAUUUUAUUCUGUUGUAUGCUUAUGGUUAUAGAGGGAAAUGUUUGCAUUCCCUCGUCAUCAAUUGUUUUAUAUAGGAUGAAAAUGAUACAAUUAAAUAGCACGAAACCUCUUAUGUUUGCUGACUUAUAAUUGUAGAUGGUCUCGAGCUCUCACAUCCAUUUUUCAGUUGUCUUCUUUUGAUUAUUUACAGUUGCUAAUGUUCAAGUCAUAUUAUUUGCACCA